AUGUCUACCACAGCCACUGAGACGGCGCCAUCCGUCACUACAGGCGUCAACCUGCGUGCAUACGGCGGGGAGCUGGAGAAUGUGAAGCCGCUCCCGGCGUUUACUCUAGAUACCCCGAUCGAGGAGUUACGGAGGCGAUAUGAGGAGGAUGGUGUAGUAUGGAUCAAAGGUCUUAUUAGCCGCGACGUUGUCAACAGAUUCCGAAAGGACUAUCUCACAUUCAUGAAUCGAGGAUCCGAAAUGCUGAAACCAAAUACCGAUCCGGAAAAGGGUAUCUUCUCAGGGAACGACUGGAGGGAUUAUAUUCUACCUGGAGGGACUCGGCUGGCGAUGGGACUGAAGGAUGAGGGCCCGUUCGUGGACAACGCAAUCGCAAGUCAUGUCGCGCCGUUCUACAUGCAGUUCAAGGAUAAGAUCGGAAAAGACAUUGAAGCAUUCGCAGCUAAGCUGUGCGGGUUCCAAGACUCGUGGUGUUUGCCUCGCUCCCUGCUGCGGUGUGCAGUCCCUGGCGCUGAGUCCACGCCCGUUCACUAUGAUCAGAUAUUUUUGAGAGCUGCGCCGCCCACCAGUAUCACUGCGUGGGUUCCCAUCGGGGACAUUGAAAUAGAGGGAGGGGGCUUGAUCUAUCUCGACGGCUCGCAGGAUAUCGGCCGUAAAUAUGAAGAGGACUUCUCGCGACUGAGCGAGACUUUGAGUGACGCGGAGAAGAUAUCGGCUGUCAACCAGAAUAUGAAUGCAGGAGGCUGGUUGGAUAGGAAUUCCUCCAAGUUUGGCAAAUACUGGGGACGCGACUGGCUAGUGGGUGCGUACGAAGCAGGAGACGUUGUCCUUCACAACCCAUUCAUGGUCCAUGCAGGCGCCAUGAACGAAUCCAAGACAGGACGUAUCAGGGUAUCGACGGACCUCCGGUUUGUGGAUAAGUCCAAGCCGUACGACGAGAGAUGGACUAUCGCGGCCUUCAGUGACAAUGACCCUAACCUGGCGCGGAAGCUCAACAGAAAGCCUGCAGCUUGA